AAGAGACGUUCAGCUUGCGUUUGCAUUUGGUUCUAAAGUUCAGCGUGAUCGUCUGUCAUCUGAGCGCUGGAGUUCAGACUCAUCGGAGCUCGAAUGGCUCGUCGUCUUCCUCUGAUCUUUCUGCUCAUGAUUCCGGGAGUUUAUAGUGCUGAUGAUUGUUGGGGUGUGACUUACAGCUCUUCACACAUCUGUGCACUGAAGGGCUCAACAGUGACUAUAAACUGCACUUACACAUACCCUACUGGAUAUCAGAUCAAGAAAGUGUUCUGGACCAAAACUCAAACACCGACAGAUAAUGUGUUUCCAGAUCUGUCUGAGGACUCUGAAUACAAACAGAGGAUUCAGUAUCUGAGAGAUAAACAGCACGACUGCAGCGUCAGACUGACUGAUGUGAGACACACAGAUUCACACGAGUACUAUUUCAGAUUCAUCACUGAUAAACCUGAUGGGAAAUGGAUCGGUGCUCCUGGAGUGACUCUUGAUGUCACAGAUAAACCUGUGAUCUCCAUCAGUUCUUCUGGUGUAAUAGUGGAGGGUGAUUCAGUGACUCUGACCUGCAGCAGUGAAUCAAAUCCACCUGUUCACAACUACAGCUGGUUUAAAGAGAAUCAAACAUCAUCUGUUGGAUCUGGAAACAUCUACUACAUAUCAAACAUCAGAUCUGAUCACAGUGGACAAUACAAGUGCAAGACCAGACAUACAUGUGGAGAGAAAUAUUCUGAUUCUGUGACUUUAAACGUUUUGUAUCCUCCAAGGAACGUCACAGCGUCCAUCAGUUCUUCUGGUGUAAUAGUGGAGGGUGAUUCAGUGAAUCUGACCUGCAGCAGUGAAUCAAAUCCACCCGCAAAUAUCAGCUGGUUUAAAGAAGAAACAUCUGUUGGAUCUGGAAACAUCUACAGCAUCUCAAACAUCAGAUCUGAUCACAGUGGACAAUACAAGUGCAAAGCUAGAAAUGAACUUGGAGAGAGAAAUGCAGCACUGACUUUAAAUGUCUUGUAUCCUCCAAGGAACGUCUCAGCGUCCAUCAGUUCUUCUGGUGUAAUAGUGGAGGGUGAUUCAGUGACUCUGACCUGCAGCAGUGAAUCAAAUCCACCUGUUCACAACUACAGCUGGUUUAAAGAGAAUCAAACAUCAUCUGUAGGAUCUGGACAGACGUUCAGCAUCAGUAACAUUAAUUCACGUCUCAGUGGAUGGUUUUACUGUGUGGCUCAGAAUGAAGUUGGAUCUCAGAGAUCAGAUGCUGUUUCAGUAACAGUGGGUCAUAGUUCCUAUAGACAUCUGCUGUUUGGAAUCGCAGCGGCAUGUGGAGGAUUGUUCACCAUCGCCAUCAUCAUUGUACUCAUUUUGAUUAUAAUGAGGAUUCGAAGGGUUGCAAAAACCAAAGAAGCUGCUGUGAAUCAAGUGAAUCGACAGGAUGACCUGUACUGCGCCGUGAAUCAUGUUGAUCUUGCUUCCGAAUCCGCCCAUUGUGAUGAUGUACAGUAUGAAAGUGUUAAACCUCAGAGACUCGGAGGAGAACAGACAACUGCAGGAGAAGCUCCUGAAUCCAGAGAUCCAGAGGAGCUCCACUACGCUACGGUCCACCAUCAUAGCAACGCAGAGAUGAGACGAUCAGAAGAGAAUGAAAACCACUACGGCAACAUUACAAAUGACAAACCUGAUGCUUCUGUGAGGUCAAAUGUGGAGGACACCUCAGUGAUCUACAGCAGUGUAAAAUAAAGGGGGUUCAGACGUCACUUUGGAUUGCUGAAAAUCAUAUUCAUGUUUUCACUUUAAGGUGAACUAUUUCUGUUUCAGCUCAGCCAAUGAGAUUGUAUUUCCUCUGUAGAAGUAAAAAAGAGGAUCAAAAGAUAAUCAUGUCAAGUUGUCUUGUUGAACAAAUGACUCUUCUCAUCAAACAGUUUAAUGUGUAAUGCUGUGUUUCUAUAUUAUAGAAUUAAUUCAGCAAAAACCACCGAUUCUCAAUACGUAACUAUUAUACAAGGCGGCUUUAUUUGUACUGUAUAAUCUCAUUCAUACGAUUUGCACUCAUACCAAAGACGGUUCAACACAAUCUAUUUUACCAGGUGGAUAAUUUAUGAAUUGUUACAAUGUUAUUUCUAUGUUUUAGCACGUUUCGAUGUCAUGCCAGUAACGGUUUGGGGGUGGGGUUAGGGGAGGGGCUUCAGUAUUGCUUUUUUGUAAUAAUCGUACGAAUUAGCCACCUCAGAAAAUACUUACGCAUUCCAGUGAGCUCAGGUUGGUCGGUUAGGUUUAAGGGUGGAGUUAGGGGAGGAGCUUCAGUAUGGAUUUUUCGAAUAAUCUUAUGUUCUUGUAAGAUUUACAUUGUAGGAUUUCAUACGAAUCAUAAACUAGUUAUGAAUUCCCGUGAGAUCGAUCAGGCUGUUAGUACUGAUUCACUGAUUCUCAUCUUAACCUUUGAUAUGCCCACCAGUGAACCUCAGAAACUAUUGCGCUAACAUUGCAAAUUAAAACCAAACCAAUUGUUUGGUUAAUGGUCUCAAACAAGUAUAAUGUAAAGCUUUGCUGAGUAAAGUUUAUUUGCAUUUGUUUGUGGUUCACAUGGCUGUUUACACACAUUCACAGUUUACCUGUUACUCAGCUGGCAGAUGGUUAUUGUGAAAAAAUGUUUUAGGCAACUUGUAAUGAAUGGCGAUCCUUUUUAUUAUGUCUAAAUUAAUUUAUUUUUUACAAUUUUGCACUGUUGCAAAGAAGCUUUAUAUACUUAGUUACUGUUGUGAAGAGAUAUCAUUAUAAUAAAAAUAAAGACCACGUUGAAUA